GCCAGGUGACAGCUGAGGCAGCAGGGACUCACUGCUGCACUCUACGCAACAUAACAACACACACCACAACGACAUCUGUCAGCGACAAAUCAAAGCGGAGGAUUAAUAGACAGUUGCAGUUAGUUCAUUUUACUUUCUGUUAUUACAUGAGUGUCAUUUAAAAGCCUAUCUUCCGCUCGUUGUUGCAGAGUAGUUAGCUAGCAGCGCGGGGAUAUCAUUAGCUCCUCUGACGUUACUCCCGGAGAAGACUCUCACAGACACCGUCAACAUGUCGGACCAGACCGGGGACACGAAGCUGGAGCUGAAACAGGCGAGUAAAGAGGUGAAAGAGAGCGAAAACGUUGCGGAAAAAUACUCAGCCAUGACCGUGAGCAAGAACAGCGAGAUGAACAUGGGAGAGCUGUCGUCAGCCUUCAGCGCGGUGCCCACUCACAAACCAGUUAAAAAGCAAAUCCAGUUUGUGGAGGACAAGCAGGAGUUCAGCAGGUUCCCCACCAAGGCAGGUCGUCGAUCCCUGUCCCGAUCCAUCUCUCAGUCAUCCACAGACAGCUACAGCUCCGCUGCGUCCUACACGGAUAGCUCUGACGAUGAGACAUCGCCCAGGGACAAAACUCAGGUCAACUCUAAGGGCAGCAGCGACUUCUGUGUCAAGAACAUUAAACAGGCUGAAUUUGGCAGGCGUGAGAUUGAGAUCGCAGAACAAGAUAUGUCGGCGCUGAUCUCACUCAGGAAGAGAGCUCAGAGUGAGAAACCGUUGGCAGGUGCCAAGAUUGUCGGCUGCACGCACAUUACUGCCCAGACUGCAGUGCUGAUCGAGACUCUGGUGGCUCUCGGAGCUCAGUGCCGCUGGACUGCAUGUAACAUUUACUCGACACAGAAUGAAGUGGCUGCUGCUCUGUCAGAGACCGGUGUGGCUGUGUUUGCCUGGAAAGGGGAGUCUGAGGAUGAUUUCUGGUGGUGUAUUGACCGCUGUGUCAACAAUGAGGGUUGGCAGCCCAACAUGAUCCUUGAUGAUGGAGGAGACUUGACGCACUGGAUGUACAAGAAAUACCCCAAUGUAUUCAAGAAGAUCAGGGGCAUUGUAGAGGAGAGUGUCACUGGGGUUCACAGGUUAUAUCAGCUCUCUAAAGCUGGGAAACUGUGUGUACCGGCUAUGAAUGUAAAUGACUCUGUGACAAAGCAGAAGUUUGACAACCUGUACUGCUGCAGAGAGUCAAUCCUGGACGGCUUGAAGAGAACCACAGAUGUCAUGUUUGGAGGCAAACAGGUGGUCGUCUGUGGGUACGGUGAGGUUGGAAAAGGUUGCUGUGCUGCUCUGAAAGCUCUCGGAGCUGUCGUCUACAUCACAGAGAUUGAUCCCAUCUGUGCCCUGCAGGCCUGCAUGGACGGUUUCAGGGUGGUCAAGCUGAAUGAGGUCAUUCGCCAGGUUGAUGUCAUCAUCACAUGCACUGGGAACAAGAAUGUGGUGACCAGAGACCAGCUGGACAGAAUGAAAAAUGGCUCCAUUGUCUGCAACAUGGGCCACUCCAAUACUGAGAUUGAUGUGGCGAGCCUUCGGACCCCUGAGCUGACCUGGGAGAGAGUGCGCUCUCAGGUGGAUCACGUCAUUUGGCCUGAUGGCAAGAGGGUCAUCCUGCUGGCUGAGGGACGUCUCCUUAACCUCAGUUGCUCUACUGUCCCUACUUUUGUCCUGUCCAUCACAGCCACCACUCAGGCCCUGGCCCUUAUAGAGCUGUACAACGCUCCGGAGGGACGAUACAAGCAGGAUGUUUACUUGCUUCCCAAAAAGAUGGAUGAAUAUGUCGCCAGUCUUCAUCUGACCACUUUUGAUGCCCACCUGACAGAGCUUUCUGAUGACCAGGCAAAAUACUUGGGCCUGAAUAAGAACGGCCCUUUUAAACCCAACUACUACAGGUACUAGCCUGCAAGGGAACCACACCUCCAAACAUCACCUAUCCCUGAGAAAAAAAAGAAAGAUUUAUGUAUAGUGUAUUUUAUACUCUUCACAGGAUGCACAGCUUAUAUUUAGUUGUAUUUUACUGACCACAGCAAGUUUUGCUUCACUUGCUGCUUCCUACAGAACUGCAGACGGCAGGAACCACAGCACUUAUAUCUGCUGUGAAGCGAGAUUUUUAUUUCCUGGUUCAUCUGUUUUCAUAACUGCUGGCUCCAACUGUAGGUUAUUUUAGACUUCUGAAAGAUACUGAAUAAUGAAAUUAAUAUAUUGUGCCAAAUUACUGUGACUGGGAAGGGUUAUAGUUCUGAAAUCAGUGGAACCUGCACAAAGCGAAACUUUUGAUAUAAAGGUUUUAAAUUCUUCCAGUUGAUGCUUUAAUAUUAAACUCUAUAUAACUAAAGCUCAUUGAGCUUAUUAGCCCCUGUUAGCUCCUUGUAUUGACUCUCUUGUAUGAAACAGUUGGCAGCCAUUUCCAGGAAAAAAUAAGCUUAGACAAGCUUAGCUGUACAUAAAACACAGAGAGCUGCUGUAAACUCCUGACUAGUGAAGAAAGACAACCUCUAAAUGUUUCUAUCAGGAAUAGGUGAACCAAAUCAUCUUAAAUUUGUCAGGUGACCAGACAAUUAGAUGUUGCUGUGUGUCUGCUUGACGUUUAAGUAGGCAAUUCUUUGCUGACAAAUGAGCCAUAACAACUUAAUAAUCUGACUGUAAAUCAGGGCUGUGUUUCUGUGGGUUUGUUUCUGCCCCCCAGUGGUCAAAAAUCACUUAAUACAGCUUUAACGUUUUCUUUAUGCUUUAAUGUGGCAUCGCUCACUUACUUCAUACAUUCCAUCCACAUUAUACAGAAGAAAUGUCCAGUUUUCUGUAGUAUCAUCCACAUUACUCCUAACCACCUGCACAUCUGGGAGAAAAAAGUAACUAUAGCAAACAGAAGAGACGGCUUAGCAUUUAUUUUCUUGAAAAGAUGUGUCAGUUUUUGAGGUUUCGGUGUCUGGUAUGGAUUGUAUCUGCACCUCAGGGCAUUCAAAUAUCUCAAAUUAUUUGUAAAUAUAUUUUUAACAGAUCAGCACUGUCUGACCUUAGUCCAUGCUACGUCAUUCUCAUGCAGUUUGCACUAUUGCAGCUAUGUAUAUUCUGUGUAAAGUCACAUGUUAAACAGUGUAACAUAUAAUAUGUUUAUGCUGUAUAUGCAACAGCCGCCGAACAGUUGAUCUAAUUAUGGUAUUUGCUGAAGUUCAACAUUUAGGUUAUUGUUAGUUGUCACAGGACUCAGAUCUUGUGUUAACUAGUUAGUUUUCUGUUGUCAUUUGACAACAGAGAAGUAAACUUAUAUCCAUAAAUGCUCUCAGCACAUUUACCUAGACACACGUGUUAGCUUUACCUUCUGUGUUAUCUUGCGCUAUUGCACCAUUAUUAUAGCUAUACUAAUAAUUUAGUUGUUUCCUGACGCUUUUUUUAAUCAUUCAAAAGGCUGGAGCACAGUUUUGUGAAGCUUGUUAAAUGCACAAACUUAUAACGCCACUUUUACUUCUCUAUAUUCACUUUACAUAUUUUUUUUAAUGUGUGGCUGCAUUAGUUAGUUGAUUAAUUGAGUGAUUAUUUUUGAAUUAAAAUUAUAUAGCGUGCAGGUAGUAGUUAGUUUUCCUGAAUUUAAAGCUUUUCAACACAUUUUAACAUACUGCAUAUCAUGUUGGUGUUCUGCGGGUCGAUCUUUCUCCAAACAGUUGACAGUAUUACUGUCCGUCCUGACGGUGCGGCACCUAGUUAAUGUUUUGCUCCACAUGUAUUCACACAGUGUCCUGUCGCAUCACCCUUCACAAAACCUCAAAUUCAUCCACAGAGUUACAAGUAAUUCAUGUAUUUGAUCUUUUGUAACUUACUCCUGCUGUUUAAUUGUAUAGUAGCCCACAGGAGGCUACUAUGAAGUGCUUUCAUCUUUGCACUAGCAGCUUUAAAGGCUUCAGAGCCAAGGACAUUCAGUGAGGACAUCAUUGUCAGCAGGAUGAGCGAUGUAACCAUGGUUACUGGUCAGUUGACAGUGCCUUGUGACUCACUUAGUAAUUUAUAUUCACGUGUACAACUGUGUUUUCCUCCCAGUAUAGUACUGUUGUUCUGCAAUAUACAGUGAUAGCUAUGCAGCAAAACACACUCAGUUUUCUUCUGUCAAAAGUAUUUUACUUCUGCAAUGGUUGUUGAAUCAGUGUUUCACAUUCUUGAAAAAAAUAUGCACUACUGUAAGAUGACAAACAGUUGUAGACAUCAGUGUGUUACGUUUUACAUUCUGCUGUACUUUUUUACAUUCAUUUUAAUGUUUGUGUUUCAUCCCAGUUUGAUCAGACAUACUUACAGUGGUGUUUUUAUAAUAGCACUUAAAAUAUGCCUUUAAUAAUUAAUUCCUCUUGUUUUACUAAUAUUAACAGUCAUCGUACCCUAGUUUUAACUCUAUUAUAGGGACAAAUGAAUGUGUUAUUAACAGAGCAAACAGCUUGACUCUUGUCAGAUUGAAUUAAAUAAGAAUACCACUGUGAUUUGACAGUUGUGCACUGUUGCUGGUUUGAAGUUGUUGAUGUGGAGACAAAGUUCUGUAAAUGAUUAGCUAUAAAGUAGGCCUCUAUUUUCAACACUAUCUGUAGUUUAGUUUAAAGAACAUCAUUUAAGCAGCAUAUACCCUGUUAAAUUUAUGUGCACUCUUCCCUUUAAUAAACUGCUGUUUAAAUUAGAAAA